CGGUGCCACUGCUGUUUAUAUUGGAUGAACCAGUUGAUAUUUGCAUUAUCGCAAGGACCACCAGAUGGAUCUUGUGGCCGCAUUAACCAAUCAGACCAUAGAUUAGAUCCAAUUUGACAUCAAACACAGAUCUGCUCUAGAAUUGUCAUCAGACCAAUCUGGAGAUUCUGGACCCCCAAUGUGGCCUGGAUCUAAAAUAUGGAUGGUUAGUUCCAACAGAUCUUUGAUCAGUACCCUGGGAUGUAUGUAAUCUAGUGGCAUGAUCUUCAAUCAGCCAGAUCAUGUCAUCACACAGGACCCAUUUGAUGACGAUGUGUUGCCCAGAUGCAAGCAAACCUCUUCGUUAUGUAUUCUUCCCCAGCAUUUACUGGGCUAUCACACGCCUCCAAAGAGCUUUUCUUUCCUUGAACCACCAUCACUACUUCGAAGGAACUUGAUUUUUGUUCCUGAUACCACUUACACGUUGAUAUUUAUGCACAUCUUUCUUUGCAAUAAGGUAGAACUUGUGCCACGCCGUUGCCUUGUGGAAUUCGCUAAGAAUUUAACCUCCUUGUCACCAACUUUGAUCCCCGAUAAAAGAGAUUUUCCAACGUUGCUUAUGAGACUCAAUGUUGCCUCAAUCAGUCCAAAUUGGGAAGUGUGGUGUCAAAACUCUUUGGUUGGGCAUUCUCCAGUACGAGUUUAUCAUACUCUACUUCUUUGGAGGGCUUCCUUGUCACCACAUUAUAAGGUACAAACCUCCCAUUUUGCAACAUCAUGGGUUAACCUGCCUUGCAUCCAUCAAGUUUUAAUGUUCAGACCUAGUCAGGGAUAUGCAUUAGUCUUUCCUAUGCUUCUAACUAUGCAUCGAAUUUUAUUUUGUUGAAGUUAGGGAUUGCAUUGUAUCGGUUUGUUUACUAUGAGCUCCUCUAGCCUUCAGAGGCCUUUCAUGAAAUGUAGAGGCAUCAACAGCCAUUGAAGAGUUUACUAUGCAUCAAAGUCUAAUUUUGUUGAAGUUCGUGAUUGCAUUGUAUUGGUGUGUACCGUGGAACAUGGUAUGGCAAAUCGAUUACGUAACAGUAAUGGAACAUUACGCUUUAUGGGGCCAAAACAGCUAUAAUGGCAGUUAUAGAAAAAUGGCCCAUGAUGGUCAGUAAUGUGGUUGAAAUAGAUUUUUUUUUUUUCAAGGAAAAAAAAAGGGUCGUAAAGGCCAUUACAGCCCGUGUCAUAAUGAACACAGUGGUGGUCUUUAUGGCCACCAUUAUGGUUAUGGAAUACCUUGCUAUGUACUACUCUUUAUUUCUAGUGGCCCUUCAUGAAAUGUAGGCAAUGUUUUAAAUAUCGUUAUCGCAUAAUGUAUCGCACCCUUGGGAUAUGGAUACAUAUUGGUUAUCGCAUGAGAUAUAUCGGUUGUAUCGGGUAACGUAUCACUGUUGUUGGGAAACAAGGGAAUAUUGGGAAAUUGGUUGAUUUUUUCAAUGGAACUUCAAAGAUUGUUGAAAAAGACAUCAAUACACACUUAGAAAUCAAAACAUUACCAAAAAAGGCACAUAAUAGGGGUUUCCUUUGUAUGGGGUCCUAAUAUAUGCGCUUUCCAAUUGAACUAAUGUAAGUAUAUUCGAAGUCUGUUCAUAUAAUUUAUAAAUGUAAGAAGACAUAUAUGGAAACACAAGCAAUACAUUCAAAAGCAAAAGAAGAAUCACCAGAUCAGGUUACAUGUUUAAUUUUGCGUUUAGAUAAAAAGAUUGCAAUUGAUUCAUGAGAAAUUGAGAAAUUUCGAUUUUUCUCAAUUUUCCGCAACUUGACCCAUCUCCCCUAAACCUCGAAAUUGAAGUUUCAAAUCUAUGAUUUUUCAUGGAAAAUAUGAAGAAUCAUAGAUUUGUAACAAUUUGACACUUGUUUAACAUGAUUUACACAAAAACAUGGAUUGGAAAUCGAAAAUGCUCAUUGGAUUGAAUAGGUGGGAUAUAUUGGCACUACCUGUGCAUUUCAUAUCACACAGGUGGGAUAUAAGAUAUAUCGUGGGAUAUGUUGGCUGAUAUCGUUGAUAUUUAAAACACUGAAUGUAGGGCACCAACAGCCAUUGAAGAUUUUAUCCUGGGAGCAAGGAGUUAGAGAUUUCCACUAAUUCUCACUCUCUUGGUUUUCUGAAUUUUAACCUUUCUGUCUUGCAGUGGUGAAGUGUAGAUUAUAUAUUGCAAGAAUCUGGUACCUAGCUGGUGCUCUUGUUGACGCUUUUGGGUCUAGUAAUUUCUAAAUGUUGUGGACUUCUACAAGCUGUUUUCUGCUUUAACUGUUGCUCCUACUCCUGCUGAUUCAGGGAAAACAAUGGAAUUUGAAGUAAAAAAGAAUGUUGCUCGGGGUGGUUCAUUUGUGGGUGCAAUAUUCAUGUCCAAUCGCGCAACAAAGGACGAAUGUUUCAUUCGGAGGAUUUUUGGCCUUCCAGCUUCUCAAACUUCCUUUGUGAAGCGAGUUAAGAUGGGAAUGAUGUUAUUUCUAUUCGAAUUUGAGGAGAGAAAGCUAUACGGGGUGUUUGAGGCAUCCUCUGAUGGUGCUAUAAAUAUAGCACCUUGUGCAUUCAAUUCAUAUGGGAAAUUUUCUGCACAGAUCCGAUUCAAGAUCAUCUGGCAUUGCCGUCCACUAUCCGAACAUGAAUUCUGUGAAGCUAUAAAGGAUAACUACUACACACACAACAAAUUCCACUUUUGUCUUUCUGAUGAGCAGGUCCACAAGCUCCUUAUGUUGUUUUAUGAAAAGAGGAAAACUAAAAUUCGCUCUUCAUUUAGCUUUGGAACAGGCAAUAAAGCAAUGAAACAAUACCAGAAUUAUGAUGUCAGUAGUCUGCGAGUAACUGUAAUGAAUGAUAGGGUUGAGAAUGAACCUCACAUGGACAUUGAUAAAGAACCAGUUAAUUUGAGCAGGUAUUCUGAUUCAUCUAGGCACUAUCCUAGUCUCUCUCGGUAUCAUAAAAAGUCCAUGCUGAAUGCAGAAGGCUCUAUGGGUGAAGGUGAACAAAGGUUCUCUUCAACUGUUCCUUGCUCAUCUCAGCCCCUGACAUCAGAUUCCAGGCCUUCGACGUCUCAUAAAGAUGGUUCUGUUACGGGCAAUCUUCAUGCUAGCACUCUCAGGUCCUAUGGCUUUCCACCUGGGCAGUCGUAUUUUUCUUCAGGUGUCGAUCGUAAUAACUGUACUCCAGUGAAAGAACAUGUGUAUUCCAAGAGCCCAGCCAGUAGUUUAUUCCCUUUGUCUAGAAGACGCUUGUACCCAGCUCACAAGGAACCAGAUGCAUUAAAUUCGUCUUCCACCGCUGACUACCUGAGCUUGGAAGUCACUGCUGAUGGUGAUGAUUGUGAAGCCUUGUCCUUCCCUGACCACUUCGAGCCCUCUGGCAAUGACAUUCCUAUAUCAGGGGCUAGAUAUUUCGACGCAAGGAGAAUGUGCUCUUCUUCCUUUGGUUGUGAAGGCUUAUCAUGCAGUCCAUCUUUGUCUGAGCAUUAUGACCGUCCAUUCUUAACAUGCAGUCCAGGCAAUGGUACGUCACGCAUACGUGAUUGUAGACAUCCCUCAGAAUCUCAGUCUGAAGCUGACUAUAGGGAAGGGGUCAGCCAUCAUCCUCCAAGGCAUCAUGAUGACUGUUAUGCAAAUGUUGUGAACUAUGGUCUCCGCUCUGAUACAUUAAACAAAAAAACAAGUGUAUUUUCUCGAUUGUCUCUGCAAGAUGAUGGGAUCUAUGAACCCCGUGCAGAUGCAUCUGUGGAUGAACUCAUGGGACUGUUGUAUCAGAGGAGAAAGAGCUGGAGGAACACAAGGAAAUUUAGACCACGGAAUAACGACAAACCAUUUGAGAGUGUAGCUCCAAUGGAGAAUGAAAUGAGUGGUUUCAAUGCUGUGGAGGAUGACAAGGACGGGGACAACGGAGAAGCGGCACAAGAGAUCUGUGAAAGCCUAAUUUUGAAUUUUAGGCGCAGGAGUGAAAUCCUUAAAACAAAACGAGGUGAAAGCGAUAGUAGAGACCAUUUUGAGGGCAGGACACAAAAGAGAAGGAAACUGAUGAGGCCAUCAUUUGGUAAGGAAGAGCCUUUUGAUGGCAGUGCUGGCAAGUUCCUCAACAUGGAAGCACUGCCAUGUCAGAACUUGGUGAAGGAAGUGCUGAAAAAAGCAAAGGAGCAGUUGUUAGAAACACUGAAGGUGGCGAUGGCAAGCAAACUGACUCAUCCCAAGAUGAUUUUGAGAUUGUAGUCUCAUCCACAAUUGUUGGGAUUAGAGAGGAUGAUGGGAAAGUGGAAUGCAUAAGCGGUCAUGUAAAGGAAGACUGCAUUGCUGUAGGGCUGUUGCAAGAAGAGCUCAGUAAAUCAGUUAAGAAUGGCAAUGUGCAAGGGAUAUCUUUGGAAUCAAAUAUCAAUCAGGCAUCAGCUGAAGACAUAAGUGCAGGAGGGUUAUCAUUCGAGGUAUCACCUGAGGAAGUUGGGAACAAGAAUACAAACUUGCUGGUCCGUAAUGGCGAAGAUGGGGCAUCGGUAGAAAAGGCGAAAGGGCCAUUAUCAGAAGAAAUGAGUUAUGAGGAUGCAAUUCCCGCAGUCAGUAGUGAUGACCAGGCAUCAGUCAGAAACAUCAAGGGCGACAGAAAUGCAGAAGUUGGCGAUGAGAGUGCAGAUUUGCCUGUUUAUGAUGGCGAAGCUGAAGGUGAAACUAAAGAUGCAAAACAGUCAUUAUCAGAAGAGUUUAGCAAUGAGAAUGUGAUUUUGCCAGCUAGUAAAGAUGAUCAGUCAUCAGUGGGACAUGUCGGGGGCAAUGGGAACGGAGAAGUCAGCCACGAGAAGAUCAAUUUGCCAGUUUAUAAUGGCGAGGUCGAAGGUAAAACAUCGGGGGAGUUCGGUAAAAAGGAAGCCUUGUACCUCGAUGAUGGUCUUGGUGAAGAAGCCGAGUCGGAGGAUUACAUCCCUCUUGAGUGUGACUGAAUGUGCAUGAUGCUGCAAGUAACUCUGAGAAGUAGUAAGUUUUUUAUGUUCUUUCUUGAAAUUUGGGAUUUAGCUGACAAUCUUAACCACACAUUUUGUUAAAAGAAAAAGAGGCAGGUAGGUCCUAUCGAGUACUCUGGCAGGUUGGUGGUAGCAACAGGGUCUCUGAGCUUUCCUUUCUUCAACGGGAUUGAGAGUGAUGUUUUACAUCUUAUUCCAGACAGCUUUCCUUUUCUUUUUUCUUUUGUGAAAAUAGGCAUUUUCUUUCUUUCGAUUUUCAGUUGAUUGAGGUGAUGGCCUUCUAAGUAGGCUUUACAGAUUCUAUAAAAUUUGUACAUGCUUUUGAUGUCUUUGACAUUUUGUAUGUUUUGUCCCCUGUCCCUGUUUGAGAAACUUCAGUUUCUGGUA